CUACCGGGUCAGAGCAGAGUCCGCUUCUUCCUGUUGACGUGUUCGUAUAGAUGAUGCACUUGGAUAUGUGAAAGUGACAGAAACGAAAGCGACAAGGAAGAAGUUUCCUUGGGUUUUUUUUAUCGUUUCAGGACUUUCACGGGUCGAGUUCGGUUCAGAAAAUGGAGACGCUUUACCACCAGACUAACAAACAAAUCCAGGAGAUCCAGUCUAACAUGGGACGACUGGAGACAACCGAGCGACAGUCAGUGCACCUGGUUGAAAAUGAACUGCAGGCCAGAAUCGAGCAGGUCUUCACUCAUCUAGAACGACUUGAGAUCCUGGCCGGGAAAGAACCACUGAAUCGCCGUCAGAAUGCCAAACUGCGUGUGGAGCAACUGAAGUAUGAUGUGCAGCAUUUGCAGUCAGCCCUGAGGAACUUCCAGCAGAGACGAUACACACGCGAGGCUCAGGAGAGGGAAAGGGAGGAGCUCAUGAGUCGCACUUUCACCACCAAUGAUGCAGAUACUUCCAUCCCCAUAGAUGACACUCUUCAGUUUAAUACCAGCCUGCACAGCGCACACAGAGGCAUGGACGACCUUCUUGGCUCCGGCGCAAGCAUCCUCAAUGGCCUCAGAGACCAGAGAAGCACGCUUAAGGGUACCCAUAAGAAGAUGCUGGACGUGGCCAACAUGUUGGGGUUGUCCAACACAGUGAUGCGUCUGAUUGAGAAACGAGCCACUCAGGAUAAGUUCAUCAUGGUGGGCGGCAUGCUGAUCACCUGCAUAGUCAUGUUCCUGGUAGUCAAAUACCUGAGCUGAACCUUCUUGCCUCAAAUGGACCAAACAUUAAUAUCAUGGAGUGAUUAUAUUAAUCCAGGUCGGAUUACUCCACAUUGCCUUCGGGUUAAAUCACUCAUCCUGUUUGACAACACCUGAUUUGAUUCCCUGAGCCUAAUUUUCCGUGACAUAAACUGUUAUCAUAUCGAGUGUUCAACAGGUGUUUCACAAAAAAAAGACCUCAGCAACUGGAAAAACUGUUCCUUCUCUAUUUUUUCCUCUGUUAAUUCUCAACUUUAAUAUCCUGUUUAAGGACGAUGCUGAACGGAACGGACCCUCUUGAUCCCCCAGAAUCGUCUGAUUUUCUUUCAUAUUCUUAUAUGUAAAAUUACAAGUACUCUUACAGUAGUCUUAGAAAUUACUGAAAGAAACCUGGAGGUAGGAGGGUUAUUUGAAAUGGACCAACCCAAAUACAUUCACAGGACUGUACAUAUCUCAGUCUAUACAUACACUCACUGUGCACUUUAUUAGGAACACUAUACUAAUACUGGCCUCCCUUUGCUCUCAAAACCGCCUCAAUUCUUUGUGGCAUGGAUUCCACAAGAUGUUGGAAACAUUCCUUUGAGAUUCUGGUCCAUGUUGACUUGAUUACAUCACACAAUUCCUGCAGACUUUUUAGGUGCACUUUCAUGAAGCAAAUCUCCCAUUCUACCACAUCCCAAAGGUGUUCCAUUGGAUUCAGCUCCAGUGACUGGGAAUGCCACUGAAGAACACUGAGCUCAGUGUCAUGUUCAUGAAACUAGUUUGAGAUGACUUUUGAUUUGUAAUAUGGUGCAUUAUCAUGCUGAAAGUAGCCAUCAGAAGAUGGGUAAAUUGUGGCCAUGAAGGGAUGCACAUGGUCAGCAACAAUAAUCAAAUAGUUUUUUUUUUUUUUUUUUUUUUUUUUUUUAAAUCAUUACACCACCUUCACCAGCCUGGACUGUUGACCCAAGGCAGGUUGGGUUCAUGGAUUCAUGUUGCUGGUCCAAAAUUCUGACCCUACCAUCUGUGUGCCUCAGCAGAAAUUAAGAUUCAACAAACCAGGCAACAUUUUUCCAGUCUUCAGCUGUCCAGUUUUGGUGAACCUGUGCCCACUGCAGCCUCAGCUUUCUGUUCUUGGCUGACAGAAAUGGAACCCAACAUGGUCUUCUGCUGUUGUAGCCCAUCCGCCUCAAGGUUCCACAUGUUGCACGCACACACACACACAGUCUGUCCAUUCUCCAUUGACCUCUUUUAACAACGUGUUUCCAUCCACAGAACUGCCACUCACUGGAUAUAUUUUACUUUAUUUCACCUUCUAAGUAAACUGUAGAGACUGUUUUGCAUGAAAAAUCCCAGGAGAUCAGCAGUUAUGGAAAUAGUCAAACCAGCAUGUCUAGCACCAACAAUCAUGCCAUAGUCAAAAUCACUGAGACCACAUUUUUUCCCCCAUUCUAAUGGUUGAUGUGAACAUUACCCAAAGCUGCUGGCCCGUAUCUGCACUGCUGCCACACGAUUGGCUAAUUAGAUAAUUGCAUGAAUGCAAUUCACCUGUACAGGUGUUCCUAAUAAAAUGUUCAGUGAGUGUAUAUUUAUAUACAGUGACACAAUCUGUCCAUUUAACUCAGGCCUGUUUGUUGUCCUCUGUGUGUCUUGUACAACAUCACUCUUCUGCCAUAUCUUUUGCCUUGGAAAUUCCUAGAUCCUGGGAAAAUAGGAAAUGAAAGAUCUUAUUGAACAGC